AUGUCUGGUGAUACUGCUUCCAUUGCAGUCUUAAUCCUUCUCGCUUUUCUGUCUAUCAUCGUUUGUAUUUCUAACGCCUUCACCGUGUUUGUUUUCUGGGUCCAUCACAGUAAAUUGAAACGAACAAGCUUUCUUGUUAUUAACUUGGCUGUGGCGGAUCUCCUUAUUGGACUCACAGAUACUGUAGAGGUCGGAGCAUUUGCUCUUCCAAGACAUAUCGGCUCAAACGAAACUAUUACGGAGAUGAAAGGUAGCAUUGUAGCCCCUUUUGUAGCCUCUUUCUAGUGUGCAUCUGUGUUUUUUCUCGCGCUGAUUUCCCUGGAACGAGCCUUUGCUUUGAUUUGGCCGCUUCGACAUCGUGUAACAAGCAGAAAGGUCUACACCUAUAGCGUUGUUAUAGCGUGGCUAGCUGGGAUAACUAUAGGUGUAUUCAGUUUCCUUGCUGUAGUUAAAAAAUACCAAGUGAAGUAUUUUGCAGUUGCUGCUACAAUCAUUAUUGGUUUCUCCUUGAUUACGAUUUGUGUGUCUUACCUGUCCAUCAGGAAAAAAAUGAACAACAGAACUCCUGCUAUCGACGCACAGCAUAGCAGAAUAAACAUCGAACAAAAUACAAAACUCUCCAAGACUCUUUUUAUCAUGAUCGGUGCAUCUGCUGCUUUGUGGGUUCCUAGCGUUACAUGGUACAAUAUCAGUCUAUGGUUUCCAAGCCUGCUUCCUCAUUUUGUUGCUCACCUUUCCACAAUGGUACAUUUGACUAAUUCUCUUGUUAAUCCAGUCAUUUAUAGUUUAAAAAUGCCAAUAUUCAGAAGAAGCUAUGAACAAUUGAGAGACAAGAUAAAACUUGUCAAGCGAGCGAAGAGGUACACAGUAAAUUAAUUAGUAAGAGCCAGAGGAUUAGAUUUAAAAAAAAUUAAAGGUUUGUUUAUAGUGGAAAGUACACUUAGCUUAUCCAGCUAGUUUACAGGCACUCCACUCAAAUAAUUCUGAAACAAAUGAUGCAAGUAGAACAUAACAGGAAGAGAGACCUUUACAUUUGAGGACGAGGACGACUACGAGUACGAGAUUUGACUUGAAGUUUUUUCGCGUCUUCUCAAAAUGUAGACUUCCCGCAAAGCUUCAUUUUACCAUUUUUUACUAGGAAGUUAGCAUUGUUAUCUUUAGUGAAGGAGGUUACGCGCUCACCCGAUCGCAAAAUGAUAAAACUUUUAAAAUUUGAUAUCUCGUUUCGCCACCACGACAUUCGCGCGAAAACUCGUAGUAGAAUGACGAAGGCUACCACACGUUUUCCCGCCAAAGUGACGCUGGCUCACGUGCGUACACUACUUAGUAUUGAGAAAAUCUCGUACUCGUAGUCGUACUCGUCUUAGAAUGUAAAGCUCUCUACUAAAAACCCCAACUGGCGGGAGGCUGCACCAAUUGGCUAUUUACAAGCGUGACCGAGGAUUUGAACUCGGGACGACUGAGAUAUCUUUGUUAGUUACGACUCAAACUUGGGAGCCAUGAAAAGUCCAAUCGCGUAACACUAAGCCAGUCAGAAUUGAUAAGCAUAGAUUAUUUAAAGAAAAAACCAGACCGGGGCGUUUAUAAUAAUUCUCUGUAUUUCAUUUUUUUACGAUUAUCUUAAGCCAGGUUAAGCAAAAGAGAAAAUUAUUUUACUCUUCUUAUAAAUGACUGAAGAAAUAUUUUAUGUAAAUCGUCCAUUGAUAAAACCUGGGAUUUGUCGAUGUAGGAUGGUAGAAUGUUAGCCCAUGUUUAUAAAAACAAAAAAGAAAAACAGUUCAAAUUUUCCCUAAUUAUUAUUUUGUGUUUUAUUAUGAUUAGUCAGUAACUUAUUGUUCUUGUUUUUCGUAGUGCUUUUUUUUUCCCUCUUCUACUUUUUUUUUUUCGUGUUAAAUAGUACGUCUCUUCUUUGACUUCUUUUAAAGACAAGAAUUUUGCGGUGGUCCAGGCACAUUUAAAACUGGAUUCACAUGUUAAGACGGAAUCAUCAGGAAAUUAAGUAAUUUCAACUUUGAGUGGACAAAAACCUAGUACCAGAAUAAUUUAAACAAUAUCGCAUUCUUUUUUACUUCUUUCAAGGGAUAUAGAUAUAAUUCUUAUCUAUAAUGACACCGACUAUUUCUAUAAUGGGAGCCCGAGAAAAUAAAUGUCAAAUUUCACAAGAAUUGUAAAAAAGAAAGGCAAAAUUCUGAAAAUUUCAUGUAAGAUGUCAUUUUGAGAAAUCUGACAUUCGUUAAAUUUUCUCGGGCUCCCAUAGGAAAUUUUCUUUGGUGUUAUUACAGAUAACUAAUUACAUUCUGUAGCCCUUGAAAAAGUGUAAACAAUAAUGCGAUAUCGUUUUAAUUAUUCUGGUACAAGGUUUUUGUCCACUGAAAAUUAAAAUUACUCAAUUUUCUGAUGUAUUCCUUCUUAAUAAUUUAUUAUUUCAACCUUAUUUUAGCUUCACCUGUCCAGUAUUGAAAUAAUGAUUUACUUACAUUUGAUCUUUUCGUACUGUAAAAAUUGUACAUAUCUGAUGUUAAUUAGUUGUUCUAUUUUUUGUUUAUUUUCUUCUAUAGAUAAUAGAUUACCUUAAUUUAAACUCAACCCCAAAGGCUUGUUAGCUUUUAUCAUUCGUGUCAAAAUAAAGGCCUUCAGUUCUUCAUCAUCAUCUUCUUCUUCUACCUUUUGUCUUGAAGUGAGAUGUGUGAAUCAGUCUCUCAAAUUAAAUUGACGUGGUGUUCAAUAAUUCAUUAUCAUUCUUGAAGCUCUUUUGGUACAACUGUGUUGAUAUGACUAAGAACCUUUUCACGCCAAGGUAGUUCAGGUAACGUUAUCGGUAGGCUCUCGUACGGAUUAUUCUUCUUCGAAAAAAAAAACCGUUUCACUUUAUCUCGGUCGUUAUGACAAACGAUACGGCAGCCAUUGCAGUUUUGUGCCUUCUUGUUCUUCUGUCCGUCGUUGUUUUCAUUUCUAACACUUUCACUGUGCUUGUUUUCUGGAUUCAUCGAAAGAAACUAUCGCGAACAAGCUUUCUCGUUAUCAACCUGGCUGUGGCGGACCUCUUUGCUGGACUCACAGAAAUAAUAGAGGUCGCUGGUGGAUGGACUUUAGCAGGACACAUCGACUCAAACAAAACAAUCCAAGAAGUCAAUGAAAGCGUUCCACCUUCUUUUCAAAUCUUAUCCUCGUCUGCAUCUGUAUUUUUUCUCGUUCUGAUUUCUCUGGAACGAGCCUUUGCCUUGAUCUGGCCGCUUCGUCAUCGUGUAACAAGCACCAAGGUUUACAUUUACAGUGUGGUUAUCGCAUGGUUAGCUGGGAUAGCUAUAGGUGUUAGCAGUUUUAUUGCUUUCCUUGGAAUCUAUAAUUUAAAGUAUUUUGCGGUUGGUGCGGCGGUCAUCAUCGGUUUCUCCUUGAUUACGAUUUGUGUGUCUUACCUGUCCAUCAGGAAACGAAUUAACAGCAGAACUCCUGCUAUCGACACAGAGCAUAACAGAAUAAGUGUUGAACAAAAUACAAAACUCUCUAAGACUCUUUUCAUCGUGAUAGGAGCAUCUGUUGCUUUAUGGGUUCCUAGCUUGACAUGGUACAAUAUCAGUGUUUGGUAUCCACGUCUGUUUCCUCAUUUUGUGAUUCACAUUUUUGCAAUGCCACAUAUCACCAAUUCCCUUGUCAAUCCAAUAAUUUAUAGCUUAAGAAUACCAGUAUUCAAAAAAACCAUACAACAAGUGAGAAAUAAGCUUAAAGUUGUUAAGCGAUCAAAGAGUUAUACAUUUAGUUGAAAUGUUCGACACGUUUUAACAGGGAGCUUUUACCUUUUACACCUCAACAACCUGUAUUUUAGUUUAUCAAGUCUCAAUAAAAAAUCUUCUAAUCCUCAAUUUCAUGCAAAUUUAGAAAAAACACUCUGCCGAUUUGCAGCAAGUUUAUAUUGGUAUGAAACACAUUUGUCGACGUCGAGCUGACAUUUAGCGCCAGCCCGAGGGCACAAUAUGGUAUUUCCAACAAAAUACUCUGAAAUGUGUCUUGUGCGGCUACUCUCUAAUCAUUUAAAUUUUUUUAGAAUAUGCCGCAUGUACCGUAAAAGAUAUACUGAAUGUUCAAAGACAUUAUGAAAUCAAAUAUAUAUUAAUCACAAGUGGAUUCAGCAAUCCGCUUUAAUAAAUAUUCGAUAACUCACCCACUGAACUGUACAUCGAAAAUCACUUACAUUAGAUUCAAAUUGACGAAUGUUACUAUCCACAGCAUAGUUAUAGGAAUAUAGUCAAACAAAACACUCUGUUAUUGCAGCACUAUGGAUGUCCUCCCUCGACCCUGUAUAUUAUUAUAGUAAUCAUAUUCGCUGCAAAUUCUCUCCAUGCAAUAUAAAGUUGUGUUAAGCAAACUAAAAUGAACUUCUGACUACUUUUUAAUUGGACCAUAGCCAUCUAUAACUCAUUGGUGACUGAAAAGUGGCAUUAUCACUUGUUGCCCUGCUUGCUUUGGCGACCGUAAUUAAUAUCUAUAGACAAUCUACUGUCUUUCGUUCAAUACGCAGCCAUAGGGUUAGUUUUUUUCUUGUACUCGUUUCACUGGAGAGAGCCUUCGCCUUGAUUUGGCCGCUUCGACAUCGAGUAACAAGCACCAAGGUUUAUUUCUACAGCGUGGCUAUUAUAUGGUUAGCUGGAUUGAGUCUAGGUGCACUUAAUUUCUCAACCACGAAUGGUGUCAUAGACGUUCGACAAUAUUUAUUCGCCUACUCUAUCAUCACUUUUUUAUCUUUAUUUGUAAUUUGCUCGUCGUAUCUCUUAAUCCGUAAAAGACUUUACGACAGAAAUCCUGCUAUCGAUAAAGCAGACUGUAGAAAGCUUGUGGAACAAAGUGCAAAAUACUCCAAGACUUUCUUUAUUGUGAUAGGCGCAUCUGUUACUUUGUGGGCUCCAAGCAUGACAUUGUACAACAUCAAUAACUUGUGGCUCGGUUUGCUUCCUGGGUUUAUGGAUUACCUUACCAAUUUCCUACAUGUUACAAAUUCUCUCGUGAACCGAAUAAUUUACAGCUUUAGAAUAGCAGUGUUCAAGAAGACUUUAACGCAACUCGCAAAUAAGUUGAGGAUUUGCAGGCCAUCAAAAAGUUACACGAUUAGGGAGAAAAUCUAAUUCGCUUAGUCAAAUUAAUUAGUUGAAUAAAUGUUAAGUUACCGAGACAAGUUUCUCUAAAAAGCUCCACAUCCUCAUCACAAAACUGGUUUUGAAUUUUCCAUAGUUGCCAGUUGUAACUAGAUAAAUAAUGAUCCUACGAAUUCUAUUUGUAAAUAAUAAUAAACAAGCCUUUAAAAAAUUAAAACCUGCUAUUUUUCCUUGGUGUUAUUGUACCCUUUGCCAGUGGCUCGUUCACUUUAUUUCCACAGAUAACAUACGAUGGUGAAUGAACACUAUUGAAUUUAUUGAAUUUCCAAAUAGCAUACAGGGGAUUCCUUGUCCGUUUUGUCAUCUUUCCUACUUGGUUGAAGGGUUUAGUAAUUAGAGGGUGGUUAAGGUUCCAGGAUCGUCCAAGAUGUGAAUUUUUACUGGGUGAUCGGAAAACAAGUGGUGUAAUGGAAGAAAGAUUUCGCUCGAAAAUGCCGGUGAGGAGAGCUGCGAUCGGUCAGAACAGAUAGCUCAGAAGUCUUGUUGUGUUUUAAGACACUGCAUUGAUGCCAAGGAUACAUAGUAAGUAGUAAGUAAGUAGGUAAGUAGUUUAUUUAGAGAGGUAACACCUAAGAGCUUACAAUCACGUGAUAUACGGCAAACCUACCUUAAAAAGCUAAACGGUACCCAAGUUAAAACUAUAACUACUUCAUAUAUAAUAUCGAUUUCAUAAAAAAAUACAUUCGUACAAAAAAGAUUAAAAUAUACAAAAUUCAACAACUGAACGUUCAGUAAAAGCGCACAAAUUGUGAUUACGAAGAAUAAAAAAGAUUCACAAAUAGUAAUAGACAUAAAAAUAACGUAAUUACAUAUACAAGUCGACUUAAGUUUCCAUUAGACCUUUGCCUUAUUAGGACGAUGCUGGGAAAAGGGUUAUGCCCUGUAAGAAACUGUAUGUCCCGGAUGACUGUCUGUGAUCGCGAGAGCUUCAGCCAAUCAGAAAUCAGAAUUUAAGACAAAAUAUUCCAAGAUUUUUACUUGUCAGUUAUUUUGGUAUUUAACGACAGAAAACCAUCAAUCGUGGAUGUAUUAGUGCCACCAAUCUGUAUCACAGCACAGGCUUUCGCAUAACAAUGAAUCUUCUCGCUCGAUUCUCGCAAUCAGGGUGCGGUUAAACAGUGCACGGAGCUAAAACGUCACUAAGUUAACGAAGGCUUCAAUCUACAGUAAGAGUAUACUAAUGUCAGACCAAACAGCAACCAUUGCUCCCCUUUGUGUUUCCACUCUUCAAUCUCUCAUCGUAUUCGCUGCUAAUUUUCACACCAUAGCUGUGUUUUGGAUUCACCGAAACAAACUUAGACGAACUUACUUACUUCUUAUCAAUUUGGCCGUGGCCGAUCUUCUCGUUGGAUUCACAUACGUGACACCACAUUUGACGGUGUUAGCACUUCCUAGUUACAUUAGAAAAUCUAAACUUAAUGUCACGACUUAUGACUAUCUUGUAAUCCAAUUUCAUGUUACAUUUUUAAGUACAUCGAUGUUCUUUCUGGUUCUUAUUUCUCUGGAACGUGCAUCUGCUUUGAUUUGGCCGCUUCUUCAUCGAACAACAAGCACGAAGGCGUUCAUCUACGGUCUCGUCGCCGCUUGGUUAGCAGGUGUUUCUUUGGGUUCAUUAACCUGGCUGGUUAGCUACGGAAUCUUUGAGAUUUCUCACUAUAUCCUCACAUUUUCAAUCGUAAUCGUCUUAUCACUGGCAACGAUGUGCACAUCAUAACUAGCAAUCCGAAAAAACUUAAACGCAGUGACCCCACAAUCGGUACAACACAUCAGCGCAAAAUGGUUGAGCAAAACACAAGGAAACUUUCCAAAACUUUGUUCCUUAUGACAGGAGCAUCUGCUGCCUUUUGGGUUCCAAGCCUUGUUUUAUUUUCUUGUCUUAAUUUCGCUCCAGGAAUGUUUCCUAAAUUUGUGAAAUAUUUGUUAAUCAUAAUUCAUAUAUGCAAUUCCGUCGUAAAUCCAGUGAUUUACAGUCUGAGAAUGCCAAUGUUCAGACAAAGUCUUAGACGAUUUAGACUUGUAAAAUUUCGAAAGCAGCGGAAAAAAUACAUAGUUAAUUGAGGAUAUUUUUAUAAAGCCUACGUAACAUAAAAGAAAUAUACAUUGUAGUGACCAAGCUUUGUAAUCUGAGCUCGACACUUGAAAAAUGAAAUCUGGGACCCGGGUUCAGGUCGAACUUUUCAGGAACCGAACCUAUCCUAUCCGAACCUAAUAAGUAAGUACAUGACAAGUUUCGGCGUCUGAAUAAUAGGAACACCUAUUUCAAUUUCACACGGUUCAGCCGUUCUUUUCGCCUUGCCCGGCCAGGAAUUUCGCCUUUGGAGCGACUUUGGAAUGGCUUUGAUUCAGAAAGCAGAACGUUUCAUGUACCAAACCUGAUGCAUAAAUUAUUAAAUCGUAUUUUGUACACUGUAGUUUUGCUUUUGCUGAACUCACUAUAAAGCUAGUUCAGCUGUAAUUAAGAUCGGCGCCUGAAUCAAUUCAGCUGAUCUAAAUAAUUUGAGUCGGCCUUAUUUCGAGUUAGCUUUGGGCUCAUGAAAAGUUCGGCGUAAAAUGAUGGCGACAGGAUUUUCUUCAUUUCAUUUGUAAUAUAAAAGCAGGAGAUGAUGCUUAAAGCAUCUUUUAAGUUUUCUAGAAUUUUUUAAGUCCCAAUGUUUUCUUUUCUCUUUAUGAACCGCUUGAGAUUUUUGUCUAAAAUUUGACUGUCAACAUUUUGAUCGGCAGUGCCGCGGCCGCAUUUAGACUUCACAAUAUUUUAAUAUUAUUUUGGGGAUGAGAGAUUGACUCAUACCUUUUUGAAAAAUAAUAGAAGUAGGAUUCAAGCCGAAGUAAAAGGCUAACAUCGUUUGAACGAAAUUAAAAGGGAAAUAUCUACUUAUAUUAAUAGCGUUUAACAAAAUAACCACGAAUGAUGCGCAGUAAAACAAAAUCGCUUUUUAAUUUCUCCUCUCACCCUUACUCAUCUGUCCCCGCUCUUUUUACAAUGUAGUUUUAAAGUAAGCGUUUUAUCCAGAAAGCGGGAAAAAGUUUUAAAAAAUUCCUCUUUUCUAUUAAAAAUUAAGGAAGUAUUAUGUGAACAAACGAUUGUUAAAACCUAAAAUAAAUAAAAGUUGCGGAUAUGUCAUGGCAAAAUAUAUUAUCAACACGGGUUCAAAAAUACAGAGAAGAUAUUAAGUAGAAAUCCAAAGGAAAUUAUGUUAUAUUAAUUUUCAGUGGACAAAAGCUUUGCACCAGAAAAAAGAAAAAUAAGCCAUAUCAAAUUCUUUUUUACACUUGUCAAGGGCUAUAGAUGUAAUUAGUUAUCUGUAAAAACACCAAAGAGAAUUUCUAACGGGAGCUUGAGAAAAUGAAUUUCAAAUUUCAUAGUAAUUGAGAAAACACCGUACAGGUAAAUUCGUCAUUGCUAACACCUCAUUUUGUAAAAUGUGAGGCUUUUGAAGUUUGUUUUACGUUUUCUCGGGCUCCAAUAUAAAGAACCUCUUCUUUGAAGUUUAUACUUAUAACUACAUUAAUAGCCCUUGAAAAGUGUGAAAAAGAAAGCAAUAUGCUUGAGAUUAUUCUGGUACAAGGUUUUUGACAACGGAAAAUUAAAACUACUCAUUUGACAAUUUCCUAAUGGAUUUCAUUUUAAAUGCAAUGAAGUUCAAUUAUCCCCUAGCAGCAAGUCAAUUUCAUAUCAGUCAUGAAAACUUUUGAAUCGAUUAAUGAGCAGAAAAUACCCUUUUUUUAGGAAAAUAAAAGUUCACUAUUUUCCAUAUCAUUUUAACAUGAUUUAUCAUUUUAUGGGCCGAUUUUUUCUUUUAUGUUCAAAGGUAGAUUUCUCUUGGAAACUAUAGGUACGUUGGUUAAAAAAAAGAAAAAAAUAAGGGUGAUGUAGUAACACAAUUGUGUCAACACACAUUUAAUUAAAGAAAUCUUUUUUUUUCAAAUUUCAUUUCAAAAUUGGGCUUGGGUAGUGUAGGAGCUGCUUAGAAGGUCUCUCCUAAUUGCUCGCAGAAAAAAUGACAUUCUUUCAAUUGUUUUAGUAUUGUUUGGGGCUGGGGUUAGGCACCCUUGGUGGCUUCUCUUGAGAGCAGCUGCUACAUGACCCUUUGGCUUAGCCGUUUAAAUUUUUAGUAGUCUCUGUUUUUUAUUUAAUAUUUAUAAUUACAUGGUUUCACAACUUUUAAUUUCAGUAGAAAUUAUGUUACUUAGCAUAUUGAUUGUAAACCUUAAAAGCCAUGCUAGAUUUUUCAAACAUUGUAAACGCAUUUAGGCAAAGCAAAAUGCGUUCAAAUCAUCCCUUGGGCUUUUGUCUUGCUUUGAGAUAUGUCAUUCAGUCUUCCAUAUACAACUGAGUGAUUGUUAAAUAAUACAUUUCAUGUGCUUAUUGAAACUCUUUUUGGGUGGAGGUGUGCUUAUAUAAGGAACUAUUUCCCCCCAGGUAGCAGGGCACUGCAAAGAAAGCGAUCACCAAAAUUAUAAAAUCAGACAACACUACUGGGCUAUAUACAGAAUAUUCUGUUCUGUUAUAUUAGUUCUGUUUCGAAUGCUGUUAUUUAAAAUUCUAAUAAUUUUUGAACGUUAUCCACAUGUAUGUUGAAAUGUCUGUUGAUACUGCUUCCAUUGCAGUCUUAGUCCUUCUCACUUUUCUGUCUAUCAUCGUUUGUAUUUCUAACGCUUUCACCGUGUUUGUUUUCUGGGUCCAUCACAGUAAAUUGAAACGAACAAGCUUUCUUGUUAUUAACUUGGCUGUGGCGGAUCUCCUUAUUGGACUCACAGAUACUGUAGAGGUCGGAGCAUUUGCUCUUCCAAAACAUAUCGGCUCAAACGAAACUAUUACCGAGAUGAAAGGUAGCAUUGUAGCCCCUUUUGUAGCAUCUUUCUCGUGUGCAUCUGUGUUUUUUCUCGUGCUGAUUUCCCUGGAACGAGCCUUUGCUUUGAUUUGGCCGCUUCGACAUCGUGUAACAAGCAGAAAGGUCUACACCUAUAGCGUGGUUAUAGCGUGGCUAGCUGGGAUAACUAUAGGUGUAUUCAGUUUCCUUGCUGUAGUUAGAAAAUACCAAGUGAAGUAUUUUGCAGUUGCUGCUACAAUCAUUAUUGGUUUCUCCUUGAUUACGAUUUGUGUGUCUUACCUGUCCAUCACGAAAAAAUCAACAACAGAUCUCCUGCUAUCGUCACAGAGCAUAGUAGAAUAAGCAUCGAACAAAAUACAAAACUUUCCAAGACUCUUUUUAUCACGAUCGGUGCAUCUGCUGCUUUGUGGGUUCCUAGCGUUACAUGGUACAAUAUCAGUCUAUGGUUUCCAAGCCUGCUUCCUCAUUUUGUUGCUCACCUUUCCACAAUGGUACAUUUGACUAAUUCUCUUGUUAAUCCAGUCAUUUAUAGUUUAAAAAUGCCAAUAUUCAGGAGAAGCUAUGAACAAUUGAGAGACAAGAUAAAACUUGUCAAGCGAGCGAAAAUGUACACGGUAAAUUAAUUAGAGCCAGAGUAUUAGAGCCAAAAAAAAAAAUUAAAGGUUUCUUUAUAGUGGAAAGUGCACUUAGCUUAUCCAGCUAGUUUACAGGCACUCCACUCAAAUAAUUCUGAAACAAAUGAUGCAAAUAGAACAUAACAGGAAUAGAGACCUUUAGAUUCGAAGACCAGGACGGCUACGAGUACGAGAUUGUACUUAACGUUUUUUCGCGUCUUCUCAAAAUGUAGACUUCCCUUUAGUGAAGCAGGUUACGCGCUCUCUCGAUCGCAAAAUGAUACAGCUUUUAAAUUGGAUAUCUUGUUUUCGCCACCUCAACAUUUGCGCGAAAACUCGUAGUAGAAUGACGACGGCUACCACGUUUUCCCGCCAAAAUGACGCUGGUUCACGCGCGUACACUACUUUGUAUUGAGAAAAUCUCGUACUCGUGGUCGUACUCGUCUUAGAAUCUAAAGCUCUCUACUAAAAACCCCAACUGGUGGGAGGCUGCACCAAUUGGCUAUUUACAAGUGUGACCGAGGAUUUCAACUGCGGACGACCGAGAUAUCUUUGUUAGUUACUACUCAAACUUGGAAGCCAUGAAAAGUCCAAUCGCGUAACCCUAAGCCAGUCAGAAUUGAUAAGCAUAGAUUAUUUAAAGAAAAAACCAGAGCGGUGCGUUUGUAAUAUUUCUCUGUAAUUUCAUUUUGUUACCAUCAACUUAGGCCAGGUUAAGCAAACGAGGAAAUUAUUUUCCUCUUCUUAUAAAUGAUUGAAGAAAUAUUUUAUGUAAACCAUCAAUUGAUAAAACCUGGGAUUUGUGGAUGUAGGAUGGUAGAAUGUUAGCCCAUAUUUAUAAAAACAGAAAAGAAAAACAGUUCAAAUUUUCCCUCGAUGUUUUGUGUUUUAUUAUGAUUAGUCAGUAAUUUUAUUGUUAUUGUUCUUGCUUGUGUUUUUUUUCUUCUUCUUUCUUUUUUCGUGUUAAAUUAUAGUACUACACAUCUUUUCUUUGACUUCUUUUAAAGGCAAGAAUUUUGCGGUGGCGCACGCAAAUUUAAUGGAAUCUUUAGAAACUGGAUUGACAUGUUAAAACGGAAUCCAACAGGAAAUUGAGUAAUUUCAACUUUGAGUGGACAAAAACCUUGAACCGGAAUGAUUUAAACAAUAUCGCAUUCUUUUUUUACUUUUUUCAAGGGCUGUAGAUAUAAUUCUUAUCUAUAAUAACACCGACUAUUCCUAAUGGGAGCCCGAGAAAAUGAAUGUCAAAUUUCACAAGAAUUGUAAAAAAGAAAGGUAAAAUUCUGAAAAUUUCAUGUGUAAGAUGUCAUUUUGUGAAAUCUGACAUUCGUUUUAUUUUCUCGGGCUCCCAUUGGAAAUUUUCUUCGGUGUUAUUACAGAAACCUAAUUACAUUCUGUAGCCCUCGAAAAGUGUACAAAAGAAUGCGAUAUUGUUUUAAUUAUUCUGGUACAAGGUUUGUGUCCACUGAAAAUUAAAAUUACUCAAUUUCGUGAUUGAUUCCUUCUUAAUAAUUUAUUAUUUCAACCUUAUUUUAGCUUCACCUGUCCAGUAUUGAAAUGAUAAUUUUCUUACAUUUGAUCGUUUCCUACUGUAAACAUUGUACAUAUCUGAUGUUAGCUGUUUUAUUUUUUGUUUAUUUUCUUCUAUAGAUAAUAGAUUUCCUUAAUUUACACUCAACCCUACAGGCUUGUUAGCUUUUAUCGUCCGUGUCAAAAUAAAGGACUUCAGUUCUUCAUCAUCAUCUUGUUCUUCUUCCUUUUGUGUUGAAGUGAGAUAUGUGAAUCAGUCUCUCAAAUUAAAUUGACUUGGUGUUAAAUAAUUCAUUAUCUUUCAUGAAGCUCUUUUGGUACAUUUUGUUAAUAUGAAGGGCCUUUUCAAGCCAAGGUAGUUCAGGUAACGUUAUCACACCUGUAGGCUCUCAUGCGGAUUAUAAUCUUCUCCGAAAAAAGAAACUCAGACAUGUAACUUUAUCUCUGUCGUUACGACAAAUGAUAUGGCAGCCAUUGUAGUUUUGUGCCUUCUUGGUCUUCUAUCCGUCUUUGUUUUUAUUUCUAACACUUUCACUGUGUUUGUUUUCUGGAUUCAUCGAAAGAAACUAACGCGAACAAGUUUUCUCGUUAUCAACCUGGCUGUGGCGGACCUCUUUACUGGGCUCACCGAAAUAAUAGAGGUCGCUGGUGGGUGGACUUUAGCAGAUCAAAUCGACUCAAACAAAACAAUCCAAGGAGUCAAUGAAAGCGUUCCACCUUCUUUUCAAAUCUUAUCCUCGUCCGCAUCUGUAUUUUUUCUCGUUCUGAUUUCUCUGGAACGAGCCUUUGCCUUGAACUGGCCGCUUCGUCAUCGCGUAACAAGCACCAAGGUUUACAUUUACAGUGUGGUUAUCGCAUGGUUAGCUGGGAUAGCUAUGGGUGUAAGCAGUUUUAUUGCUUUCCUUGGAAUCUAUAAUUUAACGUAUUUCGCGGUUGGUGCGGCGGUCAUCAUCGGUUUCUCCUUGAUUGCGAUUUGUGUGUCUUACCUGUCUAUCAGGAAAAGAAUUAACAACAGAGCUCCUGCUUUCGACAAAGCACACAGCAGAAUAUGUGUUGAACAAAAUACAAAACUCUCCAAGACUCUUUUCAUCGUGAUAGGAGCAUCUGUUGCUUUAUGGGUUCCUAGCUUGACAUGGUACAAUAUCAGUGUUUGGUAUCCACGUCUGUUUCCUCAUUUUGUGAUUCACAUUUUCACAAUGCCACUUAUCACCAAUUCCCUUGUCAAUCCAAUAAUUUAUAGCUUAAGAAUACCAGUGUUCAAAAAAACCAUACAACAAGUGAGAAAUAAGCUUAAAGUUGUUAAGCGAUCAAAGAGUUAUACAUUUAGUUAA